AUGGCUUCAAGAUUCUUCAAAACUUCAGACUCACAACCUGGGAGAGCUCCAGGUCCUCCAACCGUUACAUUUGCUCGCCGGACAUCAUCAGGUCGAUAUGUCAAUUUGUCGAGGGAUAGUCUUGAUAGUGACAUAAGCGGUUUGGAAUUCUCGAACUACACGGUGCAAAUACCAGCAACUCCUGAUAAUCAGCCUAUGGAUCCUUCGAUGAGCGUGGAUCCGCCAAUGUCACAGAGGGUUGAAGAGCAGUAUGUAUCAAGUUCUUUGUUUACUGGUGGCUAUAACAGUGCUACCCGUGCUCAUUUGAUGGAUAAGGUGAUCGAGUCUGAGACUAUCCAUCCUCAAAUGGCUGGAGCAAAAGGAUCUUCAUGUGCAGUCCCUGGUUGUGAUGGAAAGGUCAUGAGUGAUGGGAGGGGUGAAGAUAUUCUCCCCUGUGAAUGUGAUUUCAAGAUAUGCAGGGAUUGUUUCGUUGACGCUGUCAAAACGGGUGAUGGGAUUUGCCCUGGUUGUAAAGAGCUUUAUAGGAAUACAGAUUUGGCUAUAAACUCGGUGGAACCUGGUCAACCUUUACCUCUGCCAUCAAAUGUUGGAAUGUCAAAAAUGGAGAGGAGGUUGUCACUGAUGAAAUCAGCAAACAGGUCAGCACUAGUAAGGAGCCAAACGGGGGCAGAUUUUGAUCACAACCGAUGGUUGUUUGAGACCAAGGGGACUUAUGGGUAUGGCAAUGCUAUAUGGCCAAAGGAUGGAGGAUUGGCAGAGGAUAAAGAAGAUGAAACUGGCGAGCCUCCAGAACUUCUCAACAAACCUUGGAGGCCACUCACCCGAAAAUUGAAGAUACCGGCUGCAGUACUCAGCCCAUAUCGACUCUUAAUUUUUAUUCGUAUAGUUGUACUUGGACUGUUUCUUGAAUGGAGGAUUAGUAACCCCAACGAAGAUGCAAGAUGGCUAUGGUUUAUGUCAAUUAUCUGUGAGAUUUGGUUUGCCUUCUCCUGGCUACUCGACCAGCUUCCAAAGCUCUGCCCUAUUAAUCGUGCUACGGACCUUAAUGUGUUGAAAGAAAAAUUUGAAACGCCCAGUCCGGCCAAUCCGACUGGAAAAUCUGAUCUUCCAGGAGUAGAUAUAUUCGUUUCUACAGCUGAUCCAGAAAAAGAACCUCCACUUGUUACUGCAAACACUAUUCUGUCUAUUCUUGCUGCUGAUUAUCCUGUUGAAAAGCUCUCUUGCUAUGUAUCUGAUGAUGGAGGUGCGCUCUUGACAUUUGAAGCCAUGGCAGAAGCUGCAAGUUUUGCUAACCUGUGGAUACCUUUCUGCCGUAAACACAAUAUUGAACCAAGAAACCCCGAAUCUUAUUUCAGCCUGAAAAAGGAUCCUUACAAGAAUAAGGUGCGUCCAGAUUUUGUCAAGGAUCGUAGGAGGGUGAAGCGUGAAUAUGAUGAAUUUAAGGUUCGAAUCAAUGGCCUUCCCGAUUCAAUUCGUCGUCGUUCUGAUGCGUAUAAUGCUCGAGAAGAAAUCAAGGCUAUGAAGCUUCAGAGACAGACUGCUGGGGAUGAACCAAUGGAACCUGUGAAGGUCUCUAAAGCAACAUGGAUGGCAGAUGGGACUCACUGGCCAGGCACGUGGACAGUUCCUAAUCAUGAGCAUUCUAAGGGUGACCAUGCAGGAAUCAUACAGGUAAUGUUGAAACCUCCAAGUGAAGAACCUCUUCACGGGACAACUGUUGAUGACAAUAGUCCACUUGAUUUUGCCGAAGUUGACAUUCGGCUUCCCUUGCUCGUGUACGUCUCUCGUGAGAAGCGCCCUGGGUAUGAUCACAAUAAGAAAGCUGGGGCAAUGAAUGCAUUGGUUCGAGCCUCAGCCAUCAUGUCCAAUGGCCCAUUUAUACUUAACCUCGACUGUGAUCACUACAUCUACAACUCCCAGGCGAUAAGAGAGGGCAUGUGUUUUAUGAUGGACCGUGGUGGGGACCGCCUUUGUUAUAUACAGUUUCCUCAGAGGUUUGAGGGAAUAGAUCCAUCUGAUCGCUAUGCGAAUCACAAUACAGUUUUCUUUGAUGUCAACAUGCGUGCUUUGGACGGACUUCAGGGUCCAGUUUAUGUGGGCACUGGAUGUCUCUUUCGUAGGACUGCACUUUACGGCUUUGACCCUCCCCGAGCGAAGGACUACCACUCUGGUUGUUGUAGCUGCUGUUUUUCCCGUCCUAAGAAAAGUUCAUCUGUUUCUUCUGCACCUGAAGAACACCGAGCACUUAGAAUGGGAGAUUCUGACGAUGAUCAAAUGAAUCCUUCUCUCUUCUCUAAAAGGUUUGGAAACUCCAAUUUUCUUAUUGAUUCAAUCCCAGUGGCAGAAUUUCAAGGCAGACCACUUGCAGAUCACCCUGCUGUAAAGAAUGGACGACCUCCUGGCGCUCUAACCAUUCCUAGGGAACUCCUUGAUGCAUCUACAGUUGCUGAGGCAAUUAGUGUGAUCUCAUGUUGGUAUGAAGAUAAAACGGAGUGGGGCAACCGGGUCGGAUGGAUUUAUGGGUCUGUUACGGAAGAUGUGGUAACAGGUUAUAGGAUGCAUAAUAGGGGUUGGAGAUCUAUAUAUUGCGUGACUAAGAGGGAUGCUUUCCGUGGCACUGCACCUAUCAAUCUAACAGACAGGCUUCACCAAGUCCUUCGAUGGGCAACUGGUUCAGUCGAGAUCUUUUUUUCACGUAAUAACGCUUUUCUAGCCAGUCCUAAGAUGAAGAUUCUGCAGAGAAUUGCUUACCUUAAUGUUGGUAUCUAUCCAUUCACCUCCAUUUUUCUGAUAGUAUAUUGCUUCCUUCCUGCGCUGUCGCUCUUCUCUGGUCAGUUUAUUGUUCAGACUCUAAACGUCGCCUUCCUCACAUACCUCCUCGUCAUCACUUUGACGCUUUGCAUGCUGGCCGUACUUGAAAUCAAGUGGUCUGGCAUUGCUUUGGAAGAAUGGUGGCGUAACGAGCAAUUCUGGUUGAUUGGGGGCACAAGCGCACAUCUUGCUGCCGUGCUUCAAGGAUUACUCAAGGUCGUUGCUGGUAUCGAGAUCUCAUUCACUUUGACAUCCAAAUCUGCUGGUGAUGAAAACGACGAUGACUUUGCUGAUCUCUAUGUCAUAAAAUGGACAUCCUUGAUGAUCCCGCCUAUUACUAUCAUGAUAACUAACUUAAUUGCAAUAGCAGUCGGUUUUAGUCGGACAAUAUAUAGCACCAUACCUCAAUGGAGCCGUUUGCUCGGAGGAGUAUUCUUUAGCUUCUGGGUUUUGGCUCAUCUUUACCCGUUCGCCAAAGGACUGAUGGGACGACGCGGGAGGACACCGACAAUCGUGUUUGUUUGGUCAGGACUCAUUGCAAUCACCAUUUCACUUCUCUGGGUUGCCAUCAAUCCACCUGCAGGUAACAAUCAAAUUGGAGGGUCCUUCCAGUUUCCAUGA